AAAGAAUCAAAAAAAUUUUUUUAUCAUCUUUGUAUUUAAGUAAAAUGACUUCCGUUGAACUUAAAGUACUUGUUUUUGGAGCUACUGGAGGAACUGGUCAUCUAAUCCUGAAACACUUAAUGACAGUCUCAACUCCGCAAACUGUUUAUAAGGUAACGGCAGUAGCAAGGAAUCCUUCCACACUCAAUGAUCAUCCCGAUAUUCAAAAUCCCAAUUUAACUGUGGCAAAAGGGAAUCUUAGCGAUGAAGAGCAAGUAAAAUCACUCGUUUCAUUACAUGAUAUCGUAAUCUUUGCUGCAGGAUUAGGAAUUUUAGAUGGACAAAAACCAAAUGAAUUUUAUUCACGUUCAGCAAAAUUGAUUUAUGAAGCAAUUAAUGAAACACAGAAAUCCAACCCAAAUCGACUAAAAAUUAAAUUUGUUUGUAUUACAGCCUUAGGUUUAUGUAAUGAUCCCGAACGUAUGUACUUAUUAUAUAAGUGGACAAUAAAAAGAUGGUUUCAACCAUGUUAUGACGAUAUGGCCAUUAUGGAAAAUAUUUUCUUGAAUAAUAAUGAUGAUAUCAAUUACGUUUUUGUUCGUCCUGCUUAUUUAAAUAAUAAUAUUCCUGACAAAGAAUUACGUGUUGAUAUGGAUGGAAAAUUUCCUUUGGAUGAAGUUAAUGGAUUGGGUUGGCAAUUGAAUAGAAAUGUUUUAGCAAAAUUUAUUGUAAACAAUUGUGUUGUCUCUGAUAAAUAUGAUAAAAAGGUUUUAGGCGUCACCUAUUGAUAACUCUCCUGUAUCUGUAUUAUUCAUGUUAUUAGUACUUCAUUAUAGUUAGUGUUUAAAGAUUGUACUUAUAAUUCAUUACUAUGAAUAAUAAAAUAUUAUUUCUGCUAGUUAAAGAAACGGA